CUGGGCCCCGCCCACUUCACAAGCAGCUAGCUCCUCAUCCCGUCUUAUCGCGGCUAGCGGGAGGCAACACACACGGCUGCGAUGGCGGUGGUUCAAGCUCCGGGGCCCAGCGCCACUUCCAACUGUGUCACCAAGGUGGCGCUGAGCAUCUCCUGCGAACACCUGCUGGACAUGGACGCCUUCUCCAAGUCGGACCCGCUGUGCGUGCUCCUGAUGAACUCCUCGGGGCCACACUGGAGCGAGAUCGGCCGGACAGAGAAAAUCCAGAACUGCCUUAAUCCAAAGUUUUCCAAGGCCCUCCUUCUCGACUACUACUUUGAGAUGGUGCAGAAGCUGAGGUUUGAAGUUUACGACAUCGACAGUGACAACGGCAGUCUGCAAGAUGCUGACUUCCUGGGGGCACUGGAGUGCACACUGGGACAGAUCGUGUCCUCAAGAAAAAUAACAAAACCCCUUCUGCUGAAGGACAAGACGCCGGCAGGGAAAGGAACCAUCACUAUAUGUGCAGAAGAAAGAACUGACAGCAGAGUCGUGGCGUUUGAGACCGCUGCCAGAAAACUGGACAAAAAGGACUUCUUUGGAAAGUCAGACCCGUUCCUGGAGUUCUACAAGCAGACAGACACCGGCUGGCAGCUGGCUCACAGGACAGAGGUGGUGAAAAGCAACCUAAACCCCGUGUGGAGACCUUUCCGAAUCCCUAUACAGUCGCUGUGUGGAGGUGACGUAGAGAAGUCCAUAAAGGUGGAGUGUUACGACCACAACAACAGCGGCUCGCACGACUUCAUCGGGUCGUUCCAGACGACGCUCAGCCAGAUUCAGCAGGCGUCACAGUCGUAUGCGGCUGAGUUUGAGUGCAUCAACAGCAAAAAGAAGCAGAAGAAGAAAGGAUACAAAAACUCCGGGGUCGUCAUCGUUAAACAGUGCAAGAUCAUAAAGGAGUACACCUUUCUGGAUUACAUCAUGGGCGGCUGUCAGAUUAACUUCACUAUUGCGAUUGAUUUCACCGGCUCCAACGGCGACCCCAAGUCGCCCGCGUCGCUCCACUACAUCAACCCUCACGGCUUCAACGAGUACCUGGCCGCCAUCUGGGCGGUCGGUAACGUCAUCCAGGACUACGACAGUGACAAGAUGUUCCCGGUUCUGGGUUUCGGAGCACAGAUCCCUCCUACUUGGCAGGUUAGCCACGAGUUUCCCGUCAACUUCAACCCAGCCAAUCCUUUCUGCCAAGGUAUCGAGGGCGUCGUCAGCGCCUACCAGCAGUGUCUGCCGCAGGUGAAGCUUUACGGGCCCACCAACUUCUCCCCGGUCAUCAACCACGUGGCCCAGUUCGGCAGACAGGCCAUGCAGCAGCAGACCGCCGCGCAAUACUUCGUCCUGCUGAUCAUCACCGACGGCGUGAUCACGGACAUGGACGAGACGCGCAACGCCAUCGUGCGGGCCUCGCAGCUGCCCAUGUCCAUCAUCAUCGUCGGGGUGGGCGGGGCCGACUUCUCCGCCAUGGAGUUCCUGGACGGCGACGACGGCAUCCUGCGCGGGGCCACGGGAGAAGCUGCCAUGCGGGACAUUGUGCAGUUUGUGCCGUUCAGACAGUUCCAGAACAGCCCUCAGGAAGCCCUCGCUCAGAGCGUCCUGGCGGAGGUCCCAGGUCAGGUGGCCAGCUUCUUCAACACCAUGAAUCUGAAGCCGCCGCAGGGCAACGCCCCUCCGCCCGACGCCCCUCCGCCCGACCCGUUGGCGUCGGCGCCGCCUCCUCUGUGACGCACUCAGAGAACUAACCUUCACAAUCCUGCUCCUCCUCCUCCCCAAACACUUGAACCUUCUACAGACUGGACUCCAGAGAGUUACCUCCUCCUCUGGACAUGCAUAGCACUCGUUUGUCACUAACCAAAGCUUAGGGUCAUGUUAGCAUGUGGCAUGUCAUGUGUUAGACACACACACUUAUAUGAUAAAGUUUAAAGCCAUAUUCUGCAUUUUUUAAAAAAAAAAAAAUUUGUUAACAUAGGAUUAACAGAGAUGUUCACGGUGACAUUUAUGACUUUAUGUGACUCAAGUGCCAGAAUUAACAAAAAUCUUAUGCAUUUUUUGAAAGAUUUAUGGCCUUUAUU